AUGCAGCUGACCCUCCCUCUCCUGACACUCCUCGCCGGAGUCUCGGCCGCACCAAUUAAGGGCCUCGACCGCGCAACGAUCCAAGAUGAAUACGACUUCAUCAUAGCAGGAGGCGGCACCGCCGGCCUCGUCCUCGCAAACCGCCUCUCCGAGUCCGGCAAACAGCGGGUCCUCGUCCUUGAAGCGGGGCCGAACCCCGAGGUUGUCUCCGCCUACAAGCCGCCCGGCGGCAACCAGUUCCUCGGCGGAACCGCCAUCGACUGGUCCUUCUACACCACUCCGCAGGAACACCUCGACGGCCGCAUCCUCCGCUACCACCGCGGUCGGUGCCUCGGCGGCAGCAGCGUGACCAAUGGCUUCUACUACGGUCGUGGCAGCUCGUCCGUCUACGAUGAUUGGGUCAAAGUAGGGAACCCGGGUUGGGGAUGGGACGACGUGUAUCCUCUGUUUGUUAAGGGUACGCACUUUAACCCCCCAACGGACCACGAAGUCCGAGGCUUCGACGUCUCCUACAAAACCCACGACCCCUCCGCCUACGCCGAUGGUCCUCUCCAGCUCGGCUUCCAGGGCUACGUCCCACCUUCGGGCGUAGGCUUUAUCGAGGCCGCCUCUGAAGCCCUUCAGAUCCCCAUCGUCGAGGACCACAACACGGGCAACAGCACCGGCGUGAAGCAGGGUACAGGCCACCUCGACGCCGGGUUCAUGCGCAGCUCCAGCUACGAUAGUUAUCUGAAGCAGGCCGAGGGCCGGAAGAACCUUGAUGUUCUGCACUUUGCUCCCGUGUGGAAGAUCAACUUUGACCAGGUGGAGGGGAAGAACCCGAGAGCCGUAGGUGUCGCUUUCAUGGACCAUCCUACGGGUAUUGUACAUGAGGUUAGAGCGAAGAAGGAAGUUAUCGUCAGCGCGGGGGCGUUCAACUCGCCUCAACUCCUAAUGGUUUCUGGAGUCGGUCCAUCCUCCCAGCUCAACGAAUUCGGCAUCGAACCCGUCCACAUCAACGAGAACAUCGGCCAGCACCUGAACGACCACUCCGUCUUCAGCAUAAUGGCCCUCUCGACCCCCGAAUUCUCAACAACAGACAUGGCAGCAACCUACCAAUCCCUCCGCGCCGCACAAGAUGAGUUCUACAAAAACACCACGGGCGAGUACACGGCCCCCUCGGGCAUCACAAACGCCUUCCAGAAGCUCUCGGUCGACGAUUUGCAGGCCAUCGGCGCGGGCGACGUCGUCACCGCGGGGCUGGCGAACCAGUCGCAUAUCGAGUACCUCUUCGAGAGCGUCUUUUACCCGAGCGGGCCGACGCCGUACUACACGCCCCGCGGUAACGAGACGUACAUUUCCCUCACGGCGUCGAGUAUGGUGGCUCUGUCGAGGGGAAAUGUUACGCUGAGGUCAAAUUCUAUGGCUGAGACGCCGAGAAUCAAUCCUAAUUACUACGCCCACCCAGCUGACCGCAAAAUCGCCCUCGCCUCCUUCAAAUACCUCCGCAAGAUCCUCGCCCAUCCGCGCAUGUCAGAAUACACCGUCGGCCCAUCCCACGGCGAAGUCUCCCCUGGCGCCGGCGUCUCGGAAGACGACGAGGACACCGUGCUGGCCUACGUCCGCGCCAAUACCAUCCCCAACUGGCACGCCUCCGGCACGAACCAGAUGCUGCCCGAAGACAAGGGCGGCGUCGUAGACCCGCGGCUGAGAGUGUACGGCGUGGACGGGCUGCGGGUCGUGGAUUGCAGCAUCAUUCCCAUCCUGCCUGAUGUUAAUAUCGUGGGGUCAGUGUAUAUGAUUGGGGAGAAGGGGGCGGAGAUGAUCCGGGAGGAUUGGGGGGAUUCCUCCAUUACCUUCCGGAGCCGCAGUAACGGCCGUUACCAACCAGCCAUCGGUUCUUACACAGGACUCCUGCCUGAUAGACUGAUCUCACCUCAUGGAAAGCAAAGGACCCUGGUAUGCUCCAUCCUCGCCCAGACUUGCCAUCUCAACUUUUCCGAAUCCCCUCCAGAGACCAGAGACAAGAUGAUACACUCAUCCGACGACAAGAAAGACACAAGCCGGGGGGUUCGCUUGACAACCACUCGUCAAAGCAACAUGAAGUCAAACAGCAUAGCAAGGCAAGCUACCAACAACGCCCGUCACAUAAAACGUGGCACCCCACCUCCAGUCGGAAAAUCCGAGCCAGGAGUCAAACGGCCCCAAAAUUUGAGAGAGAGCCUCCAGAGUUCAGACUCCAGAGUCCGCAGAGGCCUCCUACUAUCUGCUCUACCAAGCAACCCCUUACAGGCCAAGGGCACAUCAAAGACAAGGGUAUCAAGACCAAUAGCCCCCAAAAGAACGAACCCGAAGAUCCAGACACCAGAUGACAGUGAUCUCCCAACCAUACUAUUCGUCCAUGUCCUCGGCAACAGGUGGGGAUUCAUCGGAAGGUGA